AUGGUCGCAGAAAAAGAAUUCCAGCACAGUGAUGAAGAGCUGGCCGACCAGUCGGUACCGCAGCCGGGCAAGCACGAGGCAUGGCUAAUAAGAUCAGUGAAAUGGUACCGCUCGACCUUCUAUAAUGCCCUCAUCCUCGGUCUAUGCAACUUCUUGGCCCCCGGCAUCUGGGGUGCCAUGAACUCGCUGGGCGGCGGCGGUGCACAGGAGCCCUACCUGGUCAACACGGCUAAUGCGCUGACCUUCUGUCUGAUGGUCGUUUCGUGCUUCUUCGGCAGCGUCGUCGUGCGCUUCAUCGGCAUCAAAUGGACCCUGAUCGUCGGCACCAUGGGCUACGCUCCCUACGCGGCCGGUCUCUACACCAACAACCGCUUCCAGAGUGAGUGGCUCACCAUCUUCGGCGCCGCUCUCUGCGGUCUCUUCGCAGGCAUCUUCUGGAUGGCCGAAAGCGCCAUCGCCCUCUCCUACCCGGAGCCUUACAACCAGGGCCGAUUCCUCGGAUUCUGGCUGAGCUUCCGCGUGGGCGGACAGAUCCUCGGCGGCGCCAUCAACCUCGGCAUCAACGCCAAUCGCAGCGAGGCCGGCAGCGUCUCGUUCACCGUCUUUAUCAUCUUCAUCGCCCUGCAGGCUCUCGGCCCCUUCGCCGGCCUGCUCCUCAACUCUCCGGAGCGCGUGCAGCGCAGCGACGGCCUCCCCGUGCGUCUGCGCGUCGCGAAGAGCCCCUGGUUCGAAAUCAAAGCGACGGCCAAGCUCUUCGUCAGUCGCAACUUCCUGCUGCUCGUGCCUCUCAUCGCGCAGGCCGCCUACAGCGAAGCCGUCAUGUUCACGUACCUGUCCCUGUGGUUCUCCGUGCGCGCGCGUGCCCUCGGCUCGUUCCUCUCCGGCAUCACGGCCCUGACGGUCGGCAAUCUCCUGGGCGCCUUUCUCGAUCGCAAUCGCAUCUCGCUGAAGAUUCGCAGUCGCGCCGCAUUUGCGGUGAUCCUGACACUGCAGGGCGCGUGGUGGAUCUGGGGAACGAUUAUCGUCACGGAGUAUCGUCGCACGUCGCCGACGUAUGACUGGGUGGAUGAGGGGUUCGGACGGGGCUUUGCGGUGUAUCUGUUCUGGGUGAUGGGCUUCCAAUUGAAUUAUAUGUUUCUGUACUUCAUUAUCGGAAAUCUGGCGGACGACGAGGAGGAAAUCGUUCGUGUGGCCGGUCUGCUGCGUGGAACCGAGUCGGCGGUGCAGGCUGUUUCGUAUGGUCUCAGCAGUGUCACCGUCAUGGCAUCGGUGGGAGGAAUCUAUCUCAACUUCGGGCUGUGGGCACUUUCCGUCGUGCCGGCGUGGAUGAUCGUUCGGGAGUUUGGAGUGUCUGGGGAAGACAAGAAGAUCGAGCGCGAGAGACGGUUGGCUGAACGUGAAUGAGCUUAGAAUUAAUUGACCACUAAGU